CGAAAUCAUCAUUAAGAGUCCAUUGCGCUGAGACAAAACACACACACACGAAAAAAAAAGAAGGAAAUAAACCGAGGAUGUCCGGGUAGCUCAUCAACGCAGUCCCCCCGUCCCAGCUGGGCGCUAGAUCAACAUGACGGGAGGGGUCCUCGUCUAUAACUAACUGAUAAGAUAAGGAAAGCCCACUGUAACUCCAUCACCACAGUGACGACACACCCUCGAUUUGUUUUCUUUCUGCAUGUGCAUGUCAUCACCACCACCACCAGGCUAUGUAUGGUAGGCUGUUUUGCGCCCAGCCACAUCUUUGCGCCUUCAUUCAUUCGCGACAACACGCGCGACAGCCAAUCCAAGCCUGCUUGACUGGUAGCAUGCAAGAAGUGCUGCUUCUUUGACCUGUUGUUUUGGCCUUGUUGUCGCAACGAAGCCACAAAGGUUCCCAGCCGGCCCAUCGCUCACCAUUGUCGACCGACCGCGUGCUCGCGACUCCAUCAUCUGUUUUGUCCCACCUACACUAAUUUCGCUUUCGAUUCCCGCGUAGCACUACCAGAAACUCCGAGACACCAACAUCAUGAACAACCAACAAUCACUCGUCGACUACCUAGUCCAACACGAGCCCAGCUUCAGGAAAGCCCGCCUCCCAGCCCUAUACUCCGAUUUCACCACCCUCCGCACUCUCAACCCCGAUGGCUACCAGGCCAAUAUCUCCGCCUGGCGUUCUGCCCUCGCCCACCUCGCCCGCUCCGGCUUGGCCCCCGCCCCAAAAGGUUCAACGCCCAACCUCCUCGUCCUCAAUUCCGAUGAAUCCCUCCUCCGCGCUCUCGAGUCCAAAAAGUACGGCCGGCCGUUAGCCCUGGGCACAGUGAUUAGGGAAGCACUGGCCUCCAAGGACCUUGUACCGCUGCAUGACUUCCUCACAUCCCCAACGAGCAUAUACUACCAGCCAUGGCUACCAUCACCGUGGGCUGUAGCUGGCGGUGUGGCCGGCUGGGCCUUGAAACAACUAGGUGUAGCAGAUUGGCUGAGGGGGAACGGGCUACCAAAGGGACAAUACGUGGUGGUCGCCAACGUCCAAGAAGCCGGCAAGCAGUUCGCCGCAACCACCGCAUCCGCCCUAACAGACAGCCGCUUCGAACGUACCUGGUCCAAAGCGCACUUUCUCCAUACGUACAACGAGCAGGUCAAGCUGGAGCAAGGCAGCGAGGGCAAACUCCUCAGUGAAACCGAUCUCGACGUGUUACUCGUCUUUCUCUCGCGCGACAAGGACCUCAUCCUCUACGACGGCUCCACCUUUAAGAUCAAGACUCCCUCUGAUGAGCAACAAAGCAUAACGCCCGAAGACACAACAGUCGCUUCCAUCAAGGAACUCAUCUCCUCCCUGACGCACCAAACUCACGCCCUAGCGGGCCGCAUCACCGAACUCGACAAAGCCGCCCGCCAAGCCGUGCAGUCCAAUAACCGAAUCGCAGCCUUGGCGGCUCUCAAACAAAAGAAACUCGCCGAGCAGAGUCUCGAGGGCCGCUACGCAAGCUUAACGCAACUAGAAGCCGUCGCGUCCCAGAUCCAACAAGCCAGCGACAGCGUAGCCAUGAUGAAAAUCAUGGAAACCAGCAGCAAGGUGCUCGAGUCGCUCAACGAGCAAGUCGGUGGUGUUGAUAGGGUCGAGAACCUUACUUCCAAACUCAGAGAGCAGAUGGCCGAGGUGGAUGAGGUUAAUACCAUUCUGGCCGAGGCGGGCACGACUGCUGCUGGUGGAUUGGUGGAUGAGGAGGAGAUUGAUGAGGAACUGGAAGAGAUGUUGGCGGAGCAGGAGAAGGAGAAGCAAGCCAAGGAGGAGAAGGAGGAGGAAGAGAGAGAGAGGGACAGGGAGAGGGAACGAGAACAAGAGAGGGAGGCGGAGGAACUCAGGAGGAGAUUGGAGGCGAUUGGGGGUGUGCCGGUGGUUGAGCCGGGGACAACGGCGGGGAGCAAAAGAGAAAGGGAGAUGGAGAGGUUGAUGAAGGGUUAAUUGCGAGUAUACCAACUUUGUUUAACUUCGGUCCCUUUUUGACUACGACUACGAUGACGAGUUUCACGACUGUUACGAUACGGCGUUGAUUAAUCCCAAUUUUGAUGGAUACUGCUUUUACGACUUUCAAAGGGCAAAUAGAAUGGGACUGGGAUGAGCGACCAAGGUUUCACGACCAGGACAUGAUUAUGAACUAUGACAGGGCGUUAAGGGGUGUUUGUUUACGGGGUACUCACUCCAUCACGAGAUGCUAGCCCAUGUCGAUAGUUGAUGCGUUACAUCGACGCAAUACAUUGUAACCAACCCUCUAUUGUAUUCACACAA